CCACACAAACACAAAAAAAAACUAAAAUGCUAUUAAAAAUAAGCCACGCGUAUGUCAAAAUGAGUAGAUAUGCGGGGGCGCGUGGUGUCAUUGAGGGUAUGCCAUGAAUGGCGUGGGGCGCAUGCGCGGCGGGGCCCAGCACGCGGGAUAUAAGCCAGCCCUCGGGCCGCCGAUGCCCAUAACUUUCGCGCCUCCUCAGCUCCUAACAGCCUCGCCACCACCCGAGGAAACCAACCUGAACUUCCUGUCCAGUGACUAGUGAGUUUCCCCAGUGUUAUUCGUCGUUUGUUUUCCGCGCCGGUCCAGCCGACUCAAUUCUUCGGAAAAGUACUCUACGGGUCAGGCUCUCACGGGAUCUUCGUUGCGCAAGACACGCAGAUUUUCAUCACCCUGCUUCGCAUUCAGAACUUCGGAUCAAGCAUGAUGUGGUGGGCGAUGUGGUGCGCGGCGGUGCUGGCGGGCUCGGCGGGCUGCGCGCCGGCGGAGCCCGGCCUCGACCUGGCGCCGGUGGACCAGGCCGCGCCUGAUGAUGAGGGCCUCAGCUACGCCGUGCCCCCGAUGGGGGGUCGCUACGAGGGGGCGCCCUGGCUCUACCUGCUCGCCGACCUGCCCAGAGAAUCACAGCCGGGAGCGAGCGAGAGGGCGCGAGUGAAGCGCCGCAUGCCGUCCCUGUCCAUCGACCUGCCGAUGUCGGUGCUGCGCGGGAAGCUGUCAGAGGCCAAGAUCCGCAAGGCGCAUGCGCUGCGCGCGGCCGCCAACCGGAACUUCUUCAACGACAUCGGCAAGCGCGGUGCACAAUGGGCUCCAGUGAUGAAUUUAGAAAAAUAUUUUUAAUUUAAUAAAUAAACUUGCUUUUAAGCAUGCAAUAAUACCUAUGUAUUUAGAAUGCAGCAUUUGUAAUUAAAAUAUCCAUGCAUUAAAACAUUGUAGGAAAUUCUUCUAUUAUGGUGAUCGUAAACAUUUUAGACAAAAUUUAGCCGCAGGUGCUCAAGUUUUCAAAUAGGCAUCUCGUCUCUUACCAUUUUGCUGAACAAAAUUUAACAAAAUCAAAUUAAUCACUCGAUUUUUCAAUCACUUAGGCAACUAUCUUCUAACAUAGAAUUUAAUUUGAAUAGAUUGUAGAUAAAAAAUGGUGUGUAAAAUUUUAUGGAAUAGUUAACUUGGUAUUGGCCUUCGUAGUGUAUUGAGUAUUGUAGAUCGUGCAAUAAACGUUGUUGAAAUUUAUAUAAUUUGUCUUUUAUUUUUCCACAUUUAGUUGCUUAUGUACAUUUUGUACUAUUGUCUAUUUUUUAUUAGUACUUAUUUUCCGGCUUCAUUAAGCAGGU